CCACUGUUUUUCGCCUCAGUAUUACCAAUAAGUCAGGCCAGCGUCGGCCGCUUCUAAUCCCCAGUAUUCCGUAUUUCUCGCAUCAAUUUCGCCACUACUAUUCCUAUCACUUCUUGUAAAUUACCAGCAAUUUUCAUCUCAUAACGCUCUCUCGACUGCAAUAACGAUUAUCACAAUAUUUUAUCGUCAAUUUCAUUGUGAGCUUGAGCAGGAGAGAGGCCCAAAGUCCAGCAGUAAUUCACGAGGGAAAAAAGUGGAUAAUGGCACCUGUUAACGCUGUCAAGAAGACCGGAAGGAAGGCUCCAGGAGGGAGAAAGAAGAAGAGCGGAUGUGGCUGCAGGGAGGCAUCAGAAUCAAGCUCCACUGAUUCAUCCAACGAGUCAUCCAGUUACACAUCCUCAUCUGAUUACACCACCUCCUCCUCGGAGUCAGAGAGCGACUCCUCUGACGGCUUUGAGUGCCCCUUCACCUCGUCCAAGAAAAGGGGUGGGAAAAAGGUGCAGGCUGCCCGUCAGGCUAAGCUCGUUAACAAAAGGAAACCAACAAAACGUCGUACAAAGCACUCAACGUCCUACGGCUCCUCUGAUUACGACUCGAGUGAUGACAGCUUUCGUUGCUGCAGAAAACCUGGUCGCAAGUGCAGGGCUUGAUCGAUGAAUCUCGAGAUGAGAAUAAACAGCUCUCUGUCAUUUAAAUUAAUUCAAUGUAAAUUGCUACGCUAUUACCACUGCAGGCAUGGUGGGUUUCACAAUUUCGUUGAAUUGAUAUCAUCGUUAAUUAAAUAAUUCGGAAAUGGGUACCCGCGAUCGAUCACUUGAUCAAAUAACAGACAGGAGAGUAUGAAUGAGUCGUAUGGAUAUUUUAUCACGGUUUGAAGGGAGAUAUUUAAUUCGUAGAAUGAAUCGAUGUAUUGAAUGAUUCAAUGACAUUAAUUACUGAUUGUCAUGUUAUUGUGAUGUUAUUACCACUGCAGGCUAUGGUGGAUUUUAUUACUUCAAUGAAUCAACAUAAUAAUGAUCAAUUGAUGAUGAUUACGCGAUCCCUUGACUUUUAACAUUGUAAUGUAUUGUAAAUAAAUAUUAAUGAUUUGUAUUGAAUGUAUGUUAUUAUGAUGUGAAAAUAAAUCAAUGUAAAUUUAGAUAAAAAAUCAGAAA